AUGGCCGCCGACCUGAAGCAGAAGCCGGCAGAGGCCAGCCAGAGCAAGAACUACAAAGGCUUCGUGGCCGGCGUGUUCUCCGGCAUCGCCAAGCUGUCCGUGGGCCACCCCUUCGACACUAUCAAGGUCCGCCUCCAGACCACCGACGCGUCGCGCUUCAGCGGCCCCGUGGCAUGUGUCGCGCAGACCCUCCGCCAUGAGGGCGUCCGGGGCCUGUACAAGGGGGCGACGCCCCCGCUGGUCGGCUGGAUGUUCAUGGACAGCGUCAUGCUCGGCUCGCUGACCGUCUACCGGCGCCUGCUCGCCGAGAACGUUUUCAGCCAGCACAUUCCCCGGCUGCCGCAUGCCGACCGGGCGGCGGCCGACGGCAAGCAGCCCAUCGCGGGCACUUCGGAUGCCGUCGCGCAUCUGCCCUCGUACGGCCACGGGAUCGCGGGCAUCAUGGCCGGGGCCACUGUAUCCUUUGUCGCCGCGCCCGUGGAGCAUAUCAAGGCGCGCCUGCAGAUCCAGUAUUCGGCCAAGAAGACGGAGCGGCUGUAUACGGGGCCCAUCGACUGCAUGAAGAAGAUAUACGGCGCCCACGGGAUUCGAGGGAUAUACAAGGGACUGGCCGCGACACUGCUGUUCCGCUCGUUCUUCUUUUUCUGGUGGGGCUCCUACAACGUCUUCUCCCAGCUGUUGAGGGACCGCACAUCCCUCAGUGCGCCAGCCAUCAACUUCUGGGCCGGCGGGCUGAGCGCGCAGGUUUUCUGGAUCACCAGUUACCCGAGCGACGUCGUCAAGCAGCGUAUCAUGACGGAUCCGAUGGGAGGCAAGCUAAAUGACGGCACCCCGAAGUUUAAGGGGUGGUCUGAUGCUGCCAAGGCCGUGUAUAGGGAAACGGGCUGGAAAGGAUACUGGAGAGGGUUUUUGCCGUGCUUCUUGAGGGCUUUCCCUGCCAAUGCCGCGGCUCUGGUUGCAUUUGAAGGCGUUAUGAGACAUCUCCCUUGA